AGGCAAGGAGAGCACGUAUAUACCUCUUUCUCUCUUCUUACUCUCUCGCCGCUGUGCGCUAAAGAGCGCUCUCUCGAGCUUUUUCCAUUGCUGCGAUCAGUUGGCUCCACUGCUGGCUUCCAAUUAGAAAGAAAAGAGUCACCCGCGCGCGGAGUUCUUUCCGACGCGUCGUUCCGCAAAUAGUUUUAUUUUGUUUUUUUAAUAACUUAACUUAAUUUCCGUUCCGUUUGACUUUUCGCGAGUGACGUCGCCGUUUAUGGGAAAGUGCGCACAUAUGGAAAUCGUAAGGAAAUAGUUGUUGUUUAACAGAAGACACGCGUCGCCUUUCCGCGUGUCUUUUAUUUUUGUGGAUCAGCGGCCACCUGAAAGGCGCCAUUUGAAAAGCCAACAGCUGUGCGCCAAAAUAUAAAUACAUAACGUAUAUGUUCAAGUGCAAAAAGCUGGCGUUGUUUAAUAGAAAUUAAAUAAAAAUAUACAAAAAAAAAAUAAUAAAAACGACGAGGAAACGUGCAAAAAACUGAGAGAGCGGUGCGUGUGUGUGUUGUCUCUUGCUCUCUCGCCCGCUCUUUUUUAUUGCGCAAGCAAAAGAGCGAGCACUUUACAUAUGUAUAUAUAUUAUAUAGAUAAAUGUGUGUGUGCGUACCUGAAAAUAUAUAUAAUUUAUUUGAUUAUUUCCAUUUGUAUUAGAAACAACAACAAAGGCGCUUGCUGAAUAAGUAGAAUUUGAAGUGCACUUUCUUUGUGACCAAAAAGAUCGCUCCAAACUCCAAAAAUCGACCAAGGCUAUAUAUUUGUGUAUAUGUCUGUGGAUUUCAAAGCGCAAGCGUCGCGUCGCCAUGCGAAUGUUAAUAAGAAACACAAACCCCUAAUAAUCGUCAGCAGCUGAGAAAUAACAAAAAAGAAACAUCACAACAUUAUCACAUAAAAAUAUAACAAAAGUGGAAAACCAAGAAAUCAACUAAACUUAAGCAGGGGUUCCAAGGGUUUGAAGUCCGUUGGCUUCGGAAUGUAUUCCAACAAGGAGACAAAGAGUGUGCCAAAGGCCCAGAAAAAGACUACGAAAGUUAACAAGAAGCAUCAGCAGCAGCAGCAGCAAACUCAAAAGCAGUCACCGUUGGCCAAUGGCAAUAAAGUUAAGUCACCAGCAAAUGCCAAGAAUAGCCAACAAAAUAACAACAACAACAAUAAUCAAACCAACAAUAACAACAACACUACAGUGCCGAAUAAUAAUAGUAAAAGUAAUACAUUGCCAGUAAAUACGACGCAGAAAUUCCGGGAGCAUUACCACGCUGAGAAGAAGAACCAGAGCCUUAAGAUGGGAGCCACCACGUUGCCCGGCUACGAUAGUGUCCCCAAAAUGGAGCGAUCUAAUAGCUUUUCGUUGCGCACCAAAUUCAAUAAACUGAUUAAUCACCUGACUGGCAGCAAGGAGAAUCUAUCGAAGACCGAUAACGAUGGAGAUUCCAGUCGAUUACCAUUCACAUUCACCCGCAGUCGAUCGAUGAUUCAAAUGAGGCGACCCAAUCGCCGGAGUUUCAUAGAACCCCAGUUGGAGCAACUGUCCGAGGAGACAGAGAAAUCGGGAGAUCUCACCUCGCCGGCUUCACCGCGUAAGACUUCCAUUGCCGACUCGCCAGUAUUCCUGCGUAGAAGUGAACUAACCGGAUCGGUGAGGACACCAACACGUCGUCAAUCCGCCCAGCCCUUCACAUCGACUCCGUUGGAGGAAGUGCAGCCGCAGGCUCAACGCAAAGGCUCUCUGCUGUCGCUGAAUCAAACGGAACCCAUUAAUAAUCCCCAGCUGAAUUUCCAAAAGAGACGAUCCAACACCCUGAUAGCUUCAUUUAAGAGCACCUUCAGUGGGCUAACCGGCAGUAGCGGUGGAGCCGAGAAGAAGGAGAAGAUGAAUCCCAAGUGGAGUGCCUCGUUGCAGUCCCUGCAGGCCAUCGACAAUAUGGUUAGCUAUGCCAAUAUGUCCUUCAUCGACUACGACAAGUUCAAUGGUUAUGAGAAGCAGCUGGAACGACAGCAAUCGUUGAUGAGUUUAGCGGAACAGCCUGUGCCCACUGCCACCCAACUACCACUUCCUCCUUCUGCCUUGGCCCACUCCCAUUCACCGUCGCCUCUGGGUGAAACUUCUCGCAACUCCGUCCACCUGGGCUCAUCCCUGGAUGAGUCGGUCAGGACGGUGGUUAUGCGCAGAAAGAGGAGUAAGACUUCCCUGGAGGGCAGAAGCAAGACCUCCUUGAAUGGCAGGAGCAGCAUGGCCAGCUUGAACAGUGCCUACAAUUUGGAUACGGAUUACGAACACAAUUUGGACCGCGUACAUAAUGUCUAUCGAGAAAGUUUGGACUCGCGAACUUUGGAACUACUAAAUCUGCGCUCACGGAACUCCUUCAUCCAAGAUCAGGCGGUGCUGUUCGAUGCACUGAAUCUGGAGGAUGGCUCAGUGUCGCGUCGGUGUGCCUUUUGUUCGAAACGAGUUUGCAGGAGUGGCAGCAUGCGGCAGCAGCAGCAGCGGGAAAGGGAUGCAGUGGACGGGCGAGGGAAUCCAAUAAAACAGGUAACGACUCGAAUCCAGAUGAUAUAUUGCAUCGAUGCCUCUCGUGCAGGCGCAUUAAGUUCGCUUAUUGCCGGCAAUAAACUCAUUUACGUACUCGACCCGAGCACGUUGCUCCUUGUGGCAGGACCCAUCUCAAUUGCUAGGGAACGAAAAGGGGAACGGGAACUGAGGGGAUGUGCGGCGUCCUCGUACUCGUCAGGUACAGAAACAGAAACAGAAACAGAAACAGAAACAGAAACAGAUACGGAUACGGUUACUGUGCCCAAGUACUUUACGCGAGUGUUUAGGUGUGUGGGCUGA